CAGGUCGCAGAUCAGUAAUUAUAAAGACUAUGGUCAUUGCGUUGCCGUUUGCCUGUCACUUCUAUACACACAACCAAGUUGCAUCCCGCCAAAUCUUACUUUGAUCAAUUGCACGAACACCCAGAUCAGUAAUCCAGCAAGCUCAUCCUAAUCACCUCUCCCUUCAAUAUCCCUAUCGCCAUCAUGCCUCUCACUCUCCAGGUCCCUGACGAGUACGGCUACGUCCUCCUCGUCGCCGCCUCAACCUUCUUCAUCAACACCACCCACGUCCUCCUGACGAGCAAGUACCGCAAGGCCAGCGGCCUAGUCUACCCGGCCCCCUACGCCUCCAACGAGCAGGCCGACAAGGACCCCAAGGCAUACCAGUUCAACUGCGCACAACGCGCCCACGCAAACUUCACCGAGAACCAGCCCUCCUUCCUCGGCGCCCUCCUCAUCUCCGGCCUGCGCUUCCCCGUCGCCAGCGCCGUCCUGGGCGCCGGCUGGACCCUGUCCCGUAUCCUCUACGCCUUUGGCUACACAAGCGGCGCUGGCCCCAAGGGCCGGACUCGUGGCUCCAUUGGUUCCUUCCUCUUCGACACCGCCCUCAAGUUCACGUCCACAUACACCGCUCUCGCCAUGAUUAUGAAUUGGUAAAGGGGGCUUCGCACCUCGGUACGCUGUUUGUGGAUUACGAUCCAAUCUCUUGCUUUACGAGCCGCUGUAAAAUCAUACAAAGAAUGUUGGGGAUAGACGACUAUCAUGUCCCACAGUAAAGUCCUAGUGAACCGACCCAUUGCUUUAAUAAUCGCUGCGUACAACCGUGACUAUUAU